CCUCAAGAAAUGAGCGCCGCUGUAGUAAACGAGGACAUCGACGAUAGUUGGUUUAAAAACACAGAUAACCUUCUGAUCGAUGACGAUAUCCCUUUGGAUUAUAAUAAACUUAGUUCUGCCGAAGAUGUUGAGUUCUUCAAAUUAUUAGAAGCAGAUUCACUAAAAUAUACUGGGAAGAUAAGUGCGCAGCAGGAAGAAAAAGAAAAUCAACAACCACUACAACAGGGUAACGAAACAUUUUUGCGUGAUUUUAGAGGUGAUGUAUCUGAGCGUGUAGAAGAAACUAAGCUGACACAAGAACAAGCCGACAUGGAAACGAAACUUUCAGAAGAGCCUGUAUAUAAGUUUGACGAGAAUGAUACAGAGCUCUUAUCAGAGGAAAUCGGAUUAAAUACAGCUGAUGAAUCUUUCAAUGAAAAUGUAAUUGUUCUUGAAGAUGAUGAUUUAGAUAACAUCGAUGACGGGGUUAUACCUGAUGACUUGGAAAAUGAAUCAGACCUUUAUUUCGGUAAGCAAUCUCCCCCAAAAGAAAAUGACGAUUCAAAUAGUGGACAAUCCCGUUGCAUCCUGGAAUAUGAAGGCCAAAAGAAUCAUAUAUAUAUCAAGUCUGAUAAAUGCUUGGGGGAGUUAAUGCAAGAUCUCAAAGACGACCUCAUUAGUGACAGAACACAAGAUCGUGAGGUGGUGUUGACAUUUUUAGAUUCAACCAUUGACGAUUUUCGAUUAGUUUUGUCUCAGGACAAUAAAUAUUCACAAGAGUUUACUCUUGGCAAAAUUGUUAAUGUCCAUAAUAAAUAUCGAAAAUCUCGUGAUCUUAAUACAGCAGAUCUUCACGUAGUAAUGACUUUACAAGACAGAUUCAUUUCACAGUACCGAAAAUAUGAUGAUGUCGCCGGUGAGAGGGCGCAAAAUCCAAUUAUCGUCGGAGACUCUUCGCCUGAACCUUUCGAUGAUGGCGAUAAUGUUUUGCCAACAUCUCCCGGUGAAGACGUCACAACAAAAAUAGGCCAAGUAUCUGGGACAGGUAAUUCAUUUUUUAAACCAUCAAAAGACGCGUCUUUGCCACUGUCUAAAGAUGUAAAUGACGAACAAUUCAACGGUAUUAGAGAAGUAAAUGAUGAUCUUCCUCCUUAUUCCGGUGACGAAGAUGAUGGUAGUGUAUGGGAAAAUGAUGAGCAUGAAUUUUAUGACGAAGAUUCUCAAACUUAUAAUCAAACGCAAGGAACGUAUAGUGAAACAGAUGAGUUAUAUGUUGGUGCACAAGAGCCUUAUGUAGAUUUAGGUGAAGAUGAUGAAGUGAACCAUCUUGAUGAACAACUAGAAUCAAAUGAUCUACCUAGUGAUAAACAUAAUGACUUACGUGAAGAUAUUUUUAAUGAAGACUCAUUAAAUGACAUUAAUGAUUUAGCUGAGAACUUUGAUGAGUCUUCAUCCUAUUACGAUCAAACACUAGAUAAUAAUAAUAUUAUUAAGGGGGGUAUAGACGUAGAAACGUCAGAAAUAAAUGAACAAAACAUUUUGGAGGUGUCAAAGGAGCCUGAAGAGGAUAUUGACGACAAUAUACCAUCAAUAACAGAACUUGGUGACGGUAAGGAAUAUGAUUUCUCAAGUGUGUAUGGUUCAAAAGAAAAUGAUCUGCUCGCUCCGAUUGAUGACGAAUGGGCGGCUGAUUAUACUGCAAGUGAGUUUGAUCCAACGAUAAAUGAUAAUGAGAUAAGUGAUAAUGAGACAAUAGUCUCCCAAGGAAAACGAGAGAGACCUGACGCGGACGAUAAUGAAG